AUGCACCGUCCGCAAAUAGAUUCCCGUCAGACUCAGCACAAUGCUCUCGACGAGGUGGUCAAGAGCACCGGCGAUGCUGGCCCAUCACCAUCCGUGAGGCAUGAGCCCAGCUCAAGACAGCUUUUACGCAUAGAAAAGACACCUGUGCCCUCUCCAUACCUAGCAAACAAGCACUCUCGACUAACAAUGCACCAAUUGGUUGCCAAAACGGCAACAACCGUCUUCCCCCUAGCAUCGCGAUCCUUUGUCGACAGAUUAAUAGUGUCGGCAGUGGAGAAUCUUCCGCUGUUAUAUGCACUCCUCGCCUGCUUUGGAAACCAUCACGCCCGUCGUACGAUAGCCUCUUCCUCCGAGUCCGAAGAAACGACUCUCACGUUCACAAACCAUGCUAUUGCCGGGCUAAGAGCUGCCUUGAAUAGCAAAACGAUGACAGCCGAAACUCUAAUGACGGCAAUGACCUUGUGCACUAAUGAUGUCUGCAAUGGAAACUUGGAUGUGUUCAGAAUCCAUCUAAAGGCAAUUCGCCAGAUGCUAUCGUCAUUCAUCAACACACUGCCGGCAGGCGAGAAGAGCCCAGACCAAGAUUUACUCAAUGUCUACUUGAUGAAAUGGUUUGCUGCCCUGGACGUUUCCGCGAGCUUGUCAUUGUUUUAUCAAAACCAACAGAACGACCAACAAAAAUUCCUCUCAUGGAACAACCACCAAUUUUUCAAUCCUUCAGAUGACGUCGUUGACGAUAUAUGUGGCUAUUCUUUGAAUCUAGUGCCAAUAUUCUCCAAAAUCGGAUGCUUGGCCCGAAUACAAUACGAAAGGUCAUCUACUAUUGUUGACCAAGAGAAAAACACGCAGAGUGCAUGUUCUCCUUUAGAUCUUACCGACCAGACCCAGUCACUUGAAACCCGGCUAGAGUCUCUCCCUUCUCCAAGAAUCUCAGUCGGAGUUUGGACCAGUCAGCAGCGCGAACUUGUUGAAGAGCUCCGAGAUACACACCCUGCUUUUGUCCAUACAGCUCUCCUGCAUCUACAUCGCCGAGUCCAGCUUCUUUCCAAAUGCCACCCCAAAGUGCGAAAAGACGUCACAAGCAUCUUGCGCGUGGUGAAGAAGGUGCGACCGUUUUCUCCAGCAAACGUUCUCCUGAUCUGGCCUCUUUUCAGUGCCGGUUGUGAGACGGAUAGCACAAGUGAGCGAGCUGUCAUCGAUGAAAGAAUGUCCAUCAUGCAGUCUCUUGGAAUGGGAAAUUUCACUAGAGGCCGCGAAGCUCUUCACAAAUAUUGGGAAUCAGGGACCUCACUCCGGUGGGAUGUCUUCUUGGCUCAGUCUGGCAUUGACUUGGUCUUGUUUUGA